GCUACUGCCACCAGCCAAGCCCGCUGGUCUCCGAGAAGUUCUCGGAACUCGAGCGCUGGUGGGUAUGAUUUUCUUCGAGGUCGCAGGAGGUCCCUAUGGAGCCGAGCCGGUCGUACGGAAAGGUGGCCCUUUACUGGCUAUCCUCGGAUUUCUCCUCAUCCCCCUGAUCUGGUCAUUGCCCAUCGCUGUGAUGACUGCUGAGCUAUGCAGCCACGACCCUCAUGUCGGUGGGAAGAUCCACUUCGUCCACAAGUGCUGGGGCCCUUGGGUUGGGUGGAUGAACGGCUGGUUUAACGCCGUCAGCAACGUUUUCGAUGUGGCCACGCUACCGGCGAUGGCUCUUGGAUACCUGGAGGUCCUUCUAGGCAUAACGCUCUCCUCUGCCCAACGCUGGUGGACGAGCUUUGUUCUGGUCGCAGCGGCCGUCGUCACGAACAUCGCGGGUGUGGAGAUCGUUGGGGACGUCUCCUACAUCCUUUGCAUUGUAGUUUGUUUGCCGGCCCUGGUCCUUGUGCUGAUUGGCAUGCCUGAGCUGGAUAACUUCCCAGCUCAAGCAGACCUGCCAGAGGUCAUGUGGCUGCAUUUCCUCACCUCGCUUAUGUGGAACACGUCAGGCUUUGAUGAUGCUGGCGCCUCUGCAGCUGAGGUGCGGGCUCCAUCAAAAAUCUAUCCCAGAGCGCUUGGGAUCUCCGUGGCUUUGGUCACAGCCCUUUAUGUAUUGCCGUUGUCUGUUGGCGUGGCAAUCGAUCCCCGGGCCGAGCGCUGGCACGAUGGCUUCCUGGCCACCGUUGGCGAGAAACUUGGUGGCGCGCCGCUCGGCUUUGCCUUGAGUCUAGCUGGCUUCGCUUCAUCCGUUGCACAGCUCAAUGCUUUGCUUUGCACCUCCGUGCGCGAGAUUAUUUGUAUGGCCGAGCAGCCUGGACAGCCGGUGCCAGCGAUCUUGGGCGCCGUGCACCCAAAGUUGCAAACACCACACAUCGGCACAGUGCUGUUUGGGCUGGUGCUGACCUUGACUCUGAAUUACCAUUUCGUGGAGCUCAUUGCUGCCACCGUCAUUUUCGACUGUGUCAGCUUCAUCAUCCAGUUUGCUACCUGGAUUCGCUUCAGGUGGGAGACGCCAGUGGAGGAGAGCGCGGACGCGUUUCGGCUUCCGGUUGGCUUUGCAGCGGUCCUGCUGUGGAGCGCAGGACCUGUGCUGCUCUCUGCGUUGGUCCUCUUUCUCACCCUGUCCAUGGGAGGCGAUGCGCUUUACGGCACUGUCCUUGCAUUGGUGGUGGGUCAAGCCCUGUACCUUGCCUACGCCGCGAAGCGGUGGUGGGAGCAGAGGUAA